AUGAUCACGUUCGCCGACCUCACGGAGCCGCCGCCGGGCGCCGAGCGGAGCGUCGACCGGCAGCUGUGGCUAGCGUGCGCGGGCGGCAUGUGCACCGUGCCGCCGCUCGGCUCCAGCGUGUACUACUUCCCGCAGGGCCACGCCGAGCACGCGCUCGGCCACGCCGCCGGCUUCGACCUCUCCGCGGCGCGCGCCCCGCCGCUCGUGCCCUGCCGCGUCGCCGCCGUGCGCUACUUGGCCGACGCGGACACCGACGAGGUCUUCGCCAGGAUCCGCCUCGCCCCUCUCCGCGCCCCGGAGUCCGGCGCCGACAUCCAGGACGACGCGCAGGAGGAGAAGCCGGCGUCGUUCGCCAAGACGCUGACGCAGUCCGACGCCAACAACGGCGGCGGGUUCUCGGUGCCGAGGUACUGCGCCGAGACCAUCUUCCCGCGGCUGGACUACGCCGCCGACCCGCCCGUGCAGACCGUCGUCGCCAGGGACGUGCACGGGGCCGCGUGGAAGUUCCGGCACAUCUACCGCGGCACCCCGCGCCGGCACCUGCUCACCACGGGGUGGAGCGCGUUCGUGAACCAGAAGAAGCUCGUGGCCGGGGACUCCGUCGUCUUCCUCCGCGGCGACGGCGGGGAGCUCCACGUCGGCAUCCGGCGUGCCAAGCGCGGCUUCUGCGGCGCCGAGGAGGGCUGGGACCGGUACGCGGGCCCCGUGCGAGGCAAUGCGAGCCCGUGCGGGGCCGCCAGAGGCCGUGCCAAGGUGCGCGCCGAGGACGUGUUCGAGGCGGCGAGGCUGGCGGGCAGCGGGCAGCCGUUCGAGGUCGCGUACUACCCGCGCGCCAGCACGCCAGAGUUCUGCGUGCGCGCCGCGGCGGUGCGCGCGGCGAUGCGGGUCCAGUGGUGCCCCGGGAUGCGGUUCAAGAUGGCGUUCGAGACGGAGGACUCGUCACGAAUCAGCUGGUUCAUGGGCACCGUCGCCGGCGUCCAGGUCGCCGACCCCGUCCGUUGGCCGCAGUCGCCGUGGAGGCUCCUUCAGGUGACCUGGGACGAGCCGGACCUCCUCCAGAACGUGAAGCGGGUGAGCCCGUGGCUGGUCGAGCUCGUCUCGAGCAUGCCGGCCAUCCACCACCUCGCCUCCUCCUUCUCGCCGCCGCGCAAGAAGCCGCGGGUUCCGGCCUACCCGGAGUUCCCCUUCGAGGGGCAGCUCCUGCACCCGGCGUUUCCCCCGAACCCAGCGACGCACGGCCACCGCCACCAUUACCACCACCACACCCAGAGCUACCGUCCGUCCUUCUUCCCCUUCCCGGACGGUAGCAUACAGGGAGCCAGGCAUACGCAAUUCGGUCCAUCUUCUUUAUCGGAUCUCCGCCCCACCCACCUGCAGCCGAGCCUCGCGUACCCGGGGAUCCGCUGCCCCGACCGUGUCAGCGCUACACCCGGAAUCAGCACCGACCUGACCAUCGGCAGCUCACCGGGGAAGCUAAACGCCGUCGCAAGCACCCUGUGCGUCAAGCCCCACGGCGUCAAGCGGCUGGGGCUAGUGCUCUUCGGCCAGACAAUAUUGACGGAGCAGCAAAUGAGCUCGGCAGGAGUGACCUCCCCCACGGCCACCUUGAACAGCUCGCUCGACUGGAACGACGAGAAAGCCGCCGGCAACGCGUCGGAGGGCUCGGCCUCCGGCGUCAUACAGUACAGCAGCCCCUCCGACGACACGUCGAUGCGGUGGUUCAGGGGCCACAGCCACAGCAGCUCCGAGCUCGGCCUGGAGGCGGGACAAUGCAAGGUGUUCGUCGAGUCGGAGACCGUUGGCCGGAACCUCGAUCUCUCGGCGAUGACCUCGUUCGAGGAGCUCUACGGCCGUUUGUCGCAGAUGUUCUGCAUCGACGGCGCGGAGCUCAGGAGCCGCGUGCUCUACCGUGGCGCCGCCGGCGAGGUGAAGCACGCCGGAGACGAGACUUUCAGCGAGUUCGUCAAGGCGGCACGGAGGAUUACCAUACUGGCAGAUGCUGGGAGCUAGAGCAUAGAGACAGAGCAUCGUCCGUAUGUACAGGGCAGUUUGAUGUGCUAUCGUGUUCUUUCAUUUUUAUCAUCGGACUACUAUCGUGUAGCAUUCAUCAAAAGAGGCUAUGGAGCAUUAGUCCAAUUAGGCAGUCCAGUUAUCUUCUUCUUCUUCGUGUAUCGUGUAAUGUGCAAUCCAUGUAGCAAGACUUGGGUUAAGGGAAUGAUCGUGUCCUUCUUUUUGCUUAUGUUAGCAUAAAAAUACCACAUUUUCUUCAA